AUGGAGAGUGGAGUUGUUUCACCGAAUUCCAGAUGGUCUUGUCUUGUUCGUGUCAAGACCAGCACGACAUCAGGAAGGGCCCCCGAUUGGGAACGAGCACGUAAUCUCGGAAACUUCCAGUUUGGCUUGCCUCAUCGAGGCAGUGGUAAACGAAUAGAUCUUAAACCACAAAACUGGAUGCGACGAACCUGGGCUUGGGACGUCUCGGCGGGGCUUGUUUGCCUGCCAUCGACAAACUGUGAAGAAGGUUUUCAUCGAGGCGCGGUAGCUGGUGUACACUCCAUCCUCGUCAUCACAAAAGAACCCGGCAUCAAAGUCAACAUAACGGCUGGUGUAGGAGAUUGA